AGUACAGGCCCUUCAACCUCCCAGUUCAACUCCAGGCACAGGCCCAACAUCCACAGUAAGUCCUUUGUGCCCUCGUUCAUCGCCACGUACUCCGCUUCGGUAGUACUUUGGGCAUUGAUUUCUUGUUUUCGAGACGCGUACGAAACCACAUUGCCAUCUAGCAUAGUCACA